ACACACACACACACACACACACGUUUGUGCGAAAUCAGGCCCCAGCAGAAGGUUAGUUGCUAUCUCGUUACAUAAAAGAUUACAAUGAUUGUUCUGGCACAACACAACUUAAACAGGAACUAUUGAUUUUUUUUAUCAGUUCUUAAAAAUCCCAGUUUUUUUGUACAAAACAGCAACACUAGCAAAAAAAACCGCGCUAGUUUUUUUAGCAUUGACCUUGUCUGACGAGAGUGUAAAAAUAACCCCCUCACCGCCCCUAAAAGUGGGUCAGUGCUGUACAAAAUCAUCAAGUGGUGCAUUGUGGGUAUUUUUAACCCCCCUCUGGUAGAAUCGAGGCGGUUUGUGAGCGCUGUUCUCGCUGCUUUCUCAAUUCAGUUGGACAGCGAAGCGCCAUUAAACCGCCCUACGGAGCGUGCACCCGCUGCCCGUCUAGGCGCCGGGGUGUCGUCAGCAGAGGAAUAAAUCAAAGCGGUGAAAUAAUCCUCAUUAAACGGACUUAUCUCGUUAAUUAUAACACAGGAGAGAGUGGUGAUGCUAAUCUGAGAGCGGCGAGUCCGGAGGUGGCGCUUGCUCUCCGUCUGGCUGACACUGAUAACAACUUAUCAUAGGAUAGAGGGGUUGCCGGGGAUGGGGGAUGCUGGGUAAAUGGCAGGUGGGGGCUGGCAUAAUGUAUUCCUAAGGAAACCGGCAAACAAGAUAAAAACUGAAGCCCCCUUUGGCCAAAUUGGGCGAUAAAGCCUGCGGAGGUGUGUGGGUGUAAAGGCCUGGAGAAACAAGAUGGCGGCCUGACUGAUGAGGCUGGAAAUACACGUGUGAGUGCGUCGUCAUUGUAGCGUGAUGCAUACACGCACCUCAGGGUUAAAGCAAGACUUUUGUGUUUUUUACCCCCCAGACAGGUGAUUAAGAAGGGGGCGUCACAUUUUUGACACUAGCCUCCAAAAUAAAAGUCCAUUAUAUGGACUCGCUCCUCCCUCUUGCGCCAUUUUGGGACAGAAAGAAGGCGAGUGCACGUGCCUGAUGCCGAGCAAGCGUGAAUGCGACAUGGUUACUUAGGUACACGCUGGUUGUAAAUAUUAUAUAAACAUAUACAAAAGCGCUACAAUAAAUAUAAUGGAUGAUCUUUGAAUCUACAUGUAACAACAAUUCUGUUUUUCCAAAAAAAAAAUACAAUAACAGUAUUAAAUUAACAUGUGUAAUAUUGGUGUCAAUCACCUAUAACUGUAUAUGAUGUAUAAAUAUAAGUUCAUGAUUAUAUUUUUGAAUGAUGUGUUUUAUAAACUGUAGAAUAUAACUACUAUUGAGUAGAGAUGUCCGAUAAUAUCGGCCGAUAUUAUCGGCCGAUAAAUGCUUUAAAAUGUAAUGUCGGAAAUUAUCGGUAUCGUUUUUUUUAUCGUUUUUUUGUUUUGUUUUUAAUUAAAUCAACAUAAAAAACACAAGAUACACUUACAAUUAGUGCACCAACCCAAAAAACCUUCCUCCCCCAUUUACACUCAUUCACACAAAAGGGUAUUUUCUUUCUGUUAUUAAUAUUCUGGUUCCUACAUUAUAUGUCAAUAUAUAUCAAUAAAGUCUGCAAGGGAUACAGUCCGUAACCACACAUGAUUGUGCGUGCUGCUGGUCCACUAAUAGUACUAACCUUUAACAGUUAAUUUUACUCAUUUUCAUUAAUUAGUAGUUUAUAUGUAACUGUUUUGAUAUUGUUUUACUUCCUUUUUUAUUCAAGAAAAUGUUUUUAAUUUAUUUAUCUUGUUUUUUAUAUUUUUUAUUUUUUUAAAAGGACCUUAUCUUCACCAUCCCUGGUUGUCCAAAUUAGGCAUAAUAAUGUGUUGAUUCCACGACUGUAUAUAUCGGUAUCGGUAAUUAAAGAGUUGGACAAUAUCGGAAUAUCGGCAAAAAGCCAUUAUCGGACAUCCCUACUAAUGAGCCAUGUUGAUCGUGUUUUACUUUCAUCCAUUUCCUGGUUUUUUUGGUGUAGUCGGCCUGGUCACGUGUCACUUUACUUCCGGCAUUUUGACUUUCCCUCCUUUUUUGUUUGCGACACACCUGAGCCCUGUAAGUUAUUAUUAAUGACCAAGUUUGUUUGUCACCGUGUUCGUCGACGUGUUGUCGUCAUUAGUCAAUAAAACAACAUUUUAAAGGUGGGCUAAGCCUAAUUUUGGAUGUAUUGGACCUUACAAUCAUAAACAUGGACGGAUGUGCGACUCUCGGACUGCCUGGACCCCUGCCCACCCCAAUCUCACGGCUGUUAGGGCCAUCAGAGUGCGGCUCCUGGGAGUCAUCUGUGAGGCGAUGGAGCAGGAAAUGAGCUCGCCUGGUGGAGGUCGUGCUUGACGAGGCCUCGCCGGCGGCACCUCGCUACCAAGGAGAGUGCUGCAUGAGGUCACGGCCUGCUGCACCUGACUUCCCUCGCCAUCCCCGCCGCCUCUCACAAAGUCACCUGUCUUUGUCGCCUUUAAAAGUUCCGGCGCCACUGGACUUACCUUUUUAAAAAUGCAGGCAAUGCCUCAAACUGAUGUGCUCAUCUUUCUUCCUGUGCAAGGUGCAACGCAAGAUGGAGGGGCAUCCCAUGUGCACAUCUUGUCCACGUGAAUGCCUCUACAAACGUCUUCUACUAGUCUUCAAAGGAGAUCUCUCCUCAAAAUGUUUCCACAGUCCGGGAAAUCCUUAGUCUUUGACAACUUUCCCGAUCCAACCGACACCUGGGAGAUCAUCGAGACAAUCGGGAAGGGGACCUAUGGCAAAGUGUACAAGGUGCUCAGCAAAGUGGACGGAAGUAAAGCAGCAGUAAAGAUACUGGACCCUAUUCACGAUAUCGACGAGGAGAUCGAGGCAGAGUAUAACAUCCUUAAAGCUCUUUCGGACCACGCUAAUGUCGUCAAGUUCUACGGGAUGUUCUACAAGAAGGACGUCAAAUGUGGUGAUCAGUUGUGGCUUGUGCUGGAGCUCUGCAAUGGCGGCUCUGUAACGGACCUGGCCAAAGGCAUGCUAAAGAGGGGGGAGCGGAUGGAUGAAGCCAUAAUUGCCUUCAUCCUGCAUCAAGCCCUCAUGGGUCUCCAGCACCUGCACGUCAACCACACCAUCCACCGGGACGUCAAGGGCAACAACAUCCUGCUGACCACGCAUGGCGGCAUUAAACUGGUGGACUUUGGUGUUUCAGCCCAGCUGACAAACACCCGCCUGAGGAGGAACACCUCGGUGGGAACGCCCUUCUGGAUGGCGCCAGAGGUGAUUGCGUGCGAGCAGCAGCUGGACUCCACCUACGAUGCCCGCUGUGACGUCUGGUCCCUGGGCAUCACUGCCAUCGAGCUGGGUGAUGGAGACCCGCCCCUCUCGGUGCUCCAUCCAAUGAGAGCCCUAUUCAAAAUACCCAGAAACCCACCGCCUACUCUCCAGCAGCCUGAGUUGUGGUCUGACGACUUUAACGACUUCAUCAGCCAGUGUUUAAUCAAGGAUUUUGAGCUGAGACCAAAUGUGUUAGACCUCCUCCAGCACAUCUUCAUCAGGCAGACUGUCAGCAGAGAGAAAAUGCUGCAGAAACAACUGAUUGAACUCAUUGAUCUCAACCAGCAGAUAGGAGGCAUUGAGAAGACGAGCCAUCACGGAAAAACAGACAGAAGCCGAGACAGUAAUGACAGGCACGAGCGCAUCCAUACCAAAAAAGGAAGCAACGUGAAGACGGAGCCGGAUGAGGGGGAUGACCUCGCUGCCCUGGAAGUUCUAGACGAGGACUCGGUCACUGAGCAGCUGCAAGAUCGCUACGGCCACGAUCAGAUCUACACCUAUGUGGGCGACAUCCUCAUUGCGGUCAAUCCCUUCCAUCAAAUGCAGAUCUACGCUCCUCAGUAUAGUAAAAUGUAUGUGGGAGCAAAGCGGACAGCCAACCCCCCGCACAUCUUUGCCGUUGCAGACAUUGCCUAUCAAUCCAUGGUGUCGUACCACUCAGAUCAGUGCAUUGUGAUCAGUGGCGAGAGCGGAGCGGGGAAAACGGAAAGUGCUCACCUGUUGGUGCAGCAGCUUACUGUUUUGGGGAAGGCCAACAAUCAGUCCCUCCAGGAGAAGAUUCUGCUGGUCAACAGCCUGGUGGAAGCCUUCGGGAACGCCUGUACCGCCAUCAACGACAACUCGAGUCGCUUUGGCAAAUACUUGGAGAUGAAGUUUACCGCUGGAGGAACAGUGGUGGGCGCCAAAAUAUCAGAGUACCUGCUGGAGAAAUCCAGGGUCAUCCACCAGGCUGCAGGGGAGAAGAACUUCCACAUCUUCUAUUACAUCUAUGCAGGCCUAGCUGACAGGAAGAAACUCGCCCACUACAAGCUCUCCGAGAGCAAAACUCCAAAGUAUCUGUGUAACGACCACAUUAAGCUGGGGCCCGACAUAGUGAGCAACAGCUCCUACAAGGAGCAGUUUGACGCGGUGGAGCAGUGUUUCAAAGUCAUCGGAUUCUCCCUGGAGGAGCUGGGCAGUGUUUACAGCACGCUGGCUGCCAUCCUCAACUCAGGCGAUAUCGAGUUUUCUGCGGUGGCCUCCGAGCACCAAACAGACAAGAGCAACAUCGCCAACAUGUCCAUCUUGGAAAACGUGGCUUCCUUGCUGUGCAUCCGCUCCGAUGAGCUUCAGGAAGCCCUGACAUCUCACUGCGUGGUGGCCCGGGGCGAGACCAUCGUCAGGCCCAACACGGUGGAGAAGGCGGCAGAGGUGAGGGACGCCAUGAGCAAGGCUCUCUACGGUCGUCUCUUCAGCUGGAUCGUCAACCGCAUCAACACGCUGCUGCGGCCCGACAGCCACCUCGGAGAGGAUGACAAGGGCUUGAACAUUGGCAUUCUGGACAUUUUCGGGUUCGAGAACUUCAAGAGGAACUCCUUCGAGCAACUAUGCAUUAACAUCGCCAACGAGCAGAUCCAGUUUUACUUCAACCAGCACAUAUUCGCCUGGGAGCAGGAUGAGUACCUCAACGAGGAGGUGGAUGCUCGCAUGAUCGAGUACGAGGACAACAGACCCCUGCUGGACCUCUUUCUGCAGAAGCCCAUGGGCAUGCUGUCCCUGUUGGAUGAGGAGAGUCGCUUCCCCCAGGCCACCGAUCAGACCCUCGUAGAGAAAUUUGAAGACAACCUGAAGGCCAAAAGCUUCUGGAGGCCAAAAAGGAUUGACCUUGGAUUUGGUAUUCACCACUAUGCUGGAAAGGUGAUCUACAACGCUUUGGGAUUCUUGGCCAAGAAUCGAGACACUCUGUCGGCUGAUAUCGUCCUCUUGCUCAGGUCAUCGGAAAAUGAGCUUGUUCGCAAACUUGUCACCCAUCCUCUCACCAAAACAGGCAACCUUGCCCACACUAAAGGCAAAAGCAUCAACACACUACGUACCCCACGGACCCCCACACGCACAAUCACCUUCGCCAAGAUGGGAAUGCUUACCUUAUACAGUUCCUUUAAUUUUACUGAGCCUUCUUGGAUUUUAGAGCUCCCACCUGAAAAAAAAUGCUUUCUCGAUGUGCCUCUCGGUGACACAGUACAAUACCAAAUGUUGGUUGACACUGACACGCCUUACCAUCCUCAAGAAACCACCAACAUGAGAACACAGACGGUAGCAUCCUACUUUCGAUACUCCCUGAUGGAUUUGCUGUCCAAGAUGGUGGCGGGGCAACCCCACUUUGUGCGCUGCAUCAAACCCAAUAAUGACAGACAAGCCCACAAGUUUGAUCGGGAAAAGGUUCUGGUCCAGCUCCGAUACACUGGCAUUCUGGAGACGGCCAAGAUCCGCCGGCAGGGCUACUCUCACCGCAUCCUGUUUGCUAACUUCCUGAAGAGGUAUCACAUUUUGGCUUUCCAUGCUGAUGAUGAGCCAGCUGUGACUCCUGAGGCGUGCACAAUGAUACUGGAAAAAGCUAAGCUGGAGAACUGGGCCAUGGGGAAAACAAAGGUUUUCCUCAAAUACUACCACGUAGAACACCUGAAUCUGAUGGUGCAGCAGGCGACGCAGCGCAUCAUUCUGCUCCAGUCUUGCGUCCGAGGCUGGCUGGGCUGCAAACGCUACCGCCGGCUGCUGAAGGAGCGAGAGCAGGGCGCCCUGGUGCUGCAGUCAGCAUAUAGAGGUUACAUAGUUCGAAAGAAGAUUUCUAGCGACAAGAAAAAUGUGAAGCUACAAGCCUUCAUUGUCCAGUUUCAAGCCGUCUGCAGGAGCUAUCUUGCAAAAAAGAAGUACAAAAAGAUUGUGGAGGAAAAGCAGAAAGCAGCAACAAGGAUUCAGGCGCACUACCGGGGUCACAAAGAAAGGAAAAGUUUGAAAAGGAAACGAGAAGCUAAGGAGAAAGCUGAAAAUGCACUGAAAAAUGAGCCAGGGAAGACCAUCACUCAGGAUGUUUUUCCUGCUUUUGAUGGAGGAGAAGAAGAAUCCAAGGCGGCCAUCGUCCUGCAAAGUAACUUCCGAGGCUACCAGGAUAGGAAGAAGUUUAAGGAGCGAAAAAAGACUAUGGCUGAAGCGGAGCUGGAGCUACCAUUCAUCCUGUUAGAACCUCAAUGUGGACAAGCGCUCAUAAGAGAAGAACACGAAGAGGGGGCUAAGAGUGCGGAGGAUGACGAUGAAGACAGCACAUACGAAGCGGAGGAGAGCGAAGGCAGUGACCACACGCAGGUUCCGGAAGAUGAGGUGGCAGAUGAGGCGGCGGUUGAGCUUGUGGAAGACGCCUCGCCUGAAGAUUCGAGGGUGUUGGAGAAUGGAGACGCCACAAGUUUGCAAGAAGAGAUCAAAGCUGCCGUCCUGAUUCAGAGUAACUACAGGGGCCAAAAGGAGAGGAAAAGGCUUCAGGAGGAAGUCGAGAUCCAAGGCAAAGCAGAUGAGCAGAAAGCGUCAGAGGAGGAAGGAGACUCUGAAGAGACCAAAGCGGCGUUGGUGCUUCAGAGUAACUUCAGAGGCCAUAAGGAACGUAAACGACUUGAGGAGGAAGGAAAGAUCCCUGGUAGGAAGACCAGCAAAAUCAAUGAUGAUGCAACCUGUGAGAGCCGAGAAGCAAACGUGGAAGCUUUGACUCCAAACAAUGUUGAGCUAGAAGUAGCAGAAGAGGCUGUGGAUGUUUCUGACAUUGUGAUAGAAAAUAAAGAUUAUGCAGAAAAAGAGAGACGGGAGGAGAAAGAAGAGGCUGCGGUGAAGAUCCAGAGCAACUUUCGAGGGUACAAGGAACGCAAGAAGCUGAAGGCCUACAAGCAAGCAGUGCAGGACGAAGCCCAGCAGCUGGAGAGCUUCUCCAAACAGAUCGCAAAGACUUCUCAGAACUUUGUGGCCCUGCAGCAGAAGUUGACAGAGAUUAUCCAGGCCCAUCAAUCAAACCCAGAGAGAAACGGCAUGUUCGUGAAAGGAAAAGCAGUCAACGGCUUCGCUCCUCAGAUUCACAAAUCACCUGACAAGAGGCUGUCGAGGCCCCCCCGCCGGACCCUGCAGCCAAAGACCCUCAACACGCCAGAGGACUGCACCUACUACACGCUAAUUCAUCGCUCCAUCCAGGAUGACAAACGCAAGCCCAGAAAAGAAGGUCCAGGUAAGCUGCUGGACGUGGACGAACAGUACUACCAGGCCUUACCCACCAGCAGGUCUACCCCCGCCAUUUUUACUGAGAAAGCGUCCUCCAGCGGCGUCCAACGGCGGUGGUCCAUGGAUAGGACAUCCUCUGUGGUGGCCCAACCAGAACCUGUUGUACCAAUAGAGUCCAGCCAGCGAGUAGCCACUGAGCCCGAGUCUAAACCUGCCAAAGACACCAGCUCUGUUCUGUCAAACAGGCGCUGCGUUCCCAGAAUUUCCUCUACGGAGAGUCGCUCUGAGGAGAACCCUCACGACUUCAGGCACCUGCUGAGGAAGACCUCCCAAAGACGGAGACUCAUCAGGCAGUACCGAGCAAAGGACUGAGUUUUUUAGGCAGGUUAUGCUGACCAACAAUACUUGACUGAUCACAGCUUUGGCCCAAAAUGUCGAUGCUGCACUCAAACACAACAUUUUAGAUACUUGUGAAUAAAAUAUAGGUUAUAUUUCAAAACGCCUGUAAAUAAGACAGUGCAGCAGAUAUUCUCCGUCAGGUUGUUGAUAUGCUUCCAAGCUCUAGACAUGUUUUUAAUGUUGAAAAGCUUUGUGUGCAUCCUUACUCUAUUUAUAAAUAUUACAAAUACAAAAAACACAGAUAUGUCUACUCAUUCAAGACUAACAUAGGGUACAUUAAACUGUGAAGACGCUGCCUUUUUAUAAAUGUUUUUGGCGAGGUGUGAAUAGCGAAAAGAGAAAACAAAAGCGGCCCUGGUUGUAUGCCUUGGGGUGCUCCACAUGCUUGCAUUAUUGAAUGAUAAAACCGUGAAAGGAAAAAACGACGGCUGCCGUUUUGAAUAUUCUCUGGUGUAUUGUGGCUGCACGGUACCCAGCAUAUGAGCAAGGUUGAGGGUUUGAAUUGUUUGCCUAAUUCAGGGGUUCUUAACCUUUGUGAUUUGGGCCCCAACAUUUCCACUAGAUGGGGCCAAGGCCCACUCUAAUAUUAACACUGAAUUAGUAAUAUUACUCUUGAUUUUAAUGGUAUUCAAUAAUUGCAGUAUAGCUAACCUACUUGCAGUUUAUAACCUUACAAUUAGAUCAGGCUGAUUAGAAAAAAAAAUAUUAACCAAAUAUACUGCCUAAGAAGGGACUUAGAAAUAACUGCCAAAAAAUAAAUGUACAUACUGUGGUAAAAUAAAUAUACAAAAUUAAUGUAGAGUAUGUUUCUUAACUAAACUGUUAAUAAAAUUAAAGUGCAAAUGAAAAUACAGUGUCACCACUUUAGUCAUAAUUUGUGUGCUUAAAAGGGGACUGCACUUUUUUUUUGGUAGUUUUUGCAUUCCAACUUGUAAUAUUCGGCUCGUUCUAGCUGGCUAGCAAUUUGGUUAUUGGGAGCAAUCCAUUCUACCUCUAAAUUACUUUAAAAUGCUUUCAAAAAUGGCCAGCUAUCUGUACUGACUGAAAAACAUAAACAAUCAUUUUACACUAUGUAAAGUAUUAGGCCACAUUUCAUGUUUCGUUUGUACACAGCCAGCUCGACAUUGUAUGUAGUUGUCAUAACUAUCAUGAUCAAUAUUAUAGUGACUCACUUGAUGGACAGUCGUGCGUUUGGUCCAGCUGACCAGGGACGUUUUUUCAGUUAACUUUAGAUAAGCACACCAUUUAUGUCGGCAUAGAUUGGCUUCAAGUUCCAUAUUUGCAGCGUCAAGUCACGCCGGUGACACUCUCGGCUUCCGUCUGCUCCAACGUUUCACCUCUUUGUGCUCGCUUUUAUAACCAGUAGUUCAUCCUCCGUAUGUUCAGCUUAAAAAAGAUAAGAUUUUGAAUUCUUCUUGUCCAGAAAAUAGUUAGUAGUCUUCGUCGUCUGUUAACAUGUCUGCCGUGAUGAGAACACACACGUUUGUUGCCGGAAGUCGGAAGUUUGUUAUGGGAACUGAAAUAAAUGCACCCAGGCAAUGCUUAAAUUGACCAAAAUACGGUAAAUAUUGUACAUAGUACAUAUUGUUAUAAAUGUGUCUGUUACAUUAUAUAUAUGUUUAUAAGUGUGUGUGUGUAUAUGUAUAUAU